UCAAAUCAUUCUCGCUGCUGCUAACCACAGUGCGACUUUGCUCAAGUUGGAUACUCUAAUUCACAGCAGCAAUGAUUUGGCAAAGAACAAUCAGAAUUGGAUCAGUCUUCCCAUGAAUCUGUUAUACUGCAGUUCUGGCCAAACACAGAUUCCCUUCAGAUUUUCCUCAAAAAUGUGGACUCCUCUUGGUCUGUUUCUUUACAUCUCUAUUUCCUCUUUGACUGCAAGCUCAGUGUACAAUUUGCAAAGUAAUGGAGUCAAAGUGCUGAAGUCCCUUCACGUCAGUAGUGCAAAGGAAUGUAACCAAACUUGUGGCAGUGUAGCAGACCAAGAUGGCUUGGAGUGUAAUUGGGUUGUAAUUGAAGAAAAACAAAAUCUUUGUUUUUAUUUGCACUGUCUUAAUAUUCCGGUCUGUAAAAGAGUAACUGUGGAAGAUGCUAAAGCUUUGCAAAUAGGGCAAGGUUUAUCAAGCAAGAUUUUUUUAAGUCGUAUACAUAGGAAUAAAAGAGGUAAUAAAAGGAGUAACAGUAGUAAUUCCAGUAUUUUAAAUGAAUCAUCUCCAGUAUCAGCACGAGUCACCAUUACAUCUGCUAUCACCACGAGUCCUACCAUAAGGACAACUACAAUCGUCCCCACCACGACUAUAUCAUCAACUGUCCCCACCAUAACCACAGCCACUACCACAACAUUAUCAAACAUCCCCACCACAACCACCAUAUCAUCAACUGUCCCCACUACAACCACAGCCACGACCACGGUAUCAUCAACUGUUCCCACCACAACCACGGUAUCAUCAACUGUCCCCACCACAACCAAAACCACCACCACAGUAUCAACUGUCCCCACCACAACCAAAACCAUCACCACAGUAUCAUCAACUGUCCCCACCACAACCACCACCACGGUAUCAUCAACUGUCCCCACCACAACCAAAACCAUCACCACAGUAUCAUCAACCAUCCCAACCACAACCACCGUAUCAUCAACCAUCCCCACCACAACCACAGCCACCACCACAGUAUCAUCAACCGUCCCAACCACAGCCACGACCACCAUAUCAACUGUCCCCACCACAAACACAGCAACCACCAUAGUGUCAUCAACUGUCCCCACCACAACCACAAUCUCUCAAGAAGUCACAAAUACAACUUCAAAUCUUCCAUCAGUACCUAUUUCAGGUUCUCGAACACCUCCAAUGAUGACAAUGAUACCCACUACAAUUAAUUCAACAAUAAAUGUCAAUGAGCCAACUUCAGUAAAUGAACAUCCCACACAACUCUCCACUACUAGUUUAGCAAAAACUACUAAGCUACUAACAUCAACUGCUCCACAGAAGAAAUUGGCUCCAACAAUUGUUCGUCAAACCACAAUGGCAAAUGCAUUAUCUACAAAAGCCAUGAGUACUUCAAAUGCAUCUAUGACUUCACCUCAAACUACAACAAAGAAAAUGAACAGUUCAGCUUCUGUAACUAUGACCACGUCCAUAAUGCCUGGAGGAACAUCAAAUUCACCAGAAGAAGAAUCAAGAACUACACUUGCGUUCAACGAUGUGAAGUAUCACACGUUUCCUUCAGUACCUGCUGGAUCUCUAAUCAAGCAUUUAGCUGAUACCAGUUCAUUAAUAGCCAUAUUAAUAUUUGGGAUGCUGUUUUUCUUAGUGAGUAUAAUAUUGUUUGCUCAAAAAGCUUUUGAAAGCUAUAAAAGGAAAGACUAUGUUCAAGUGGACUAUUUAAUAAAUGGAAUGUAUGCUGACUCAGAUAUGUAAGAGCAAGAAAAAUGAAAAUAUAGGAAUUAUAAUACUUCUCCAUUACGGUAAUGACAGUGUUUCUUCAUCAAACCAAGCACAUUGGGAGAAGGUCUGGUGUGGAUCAGCAGUAGCUUGUGCUGUAAGCCAAACAGAACUGUCUCAUUUUGUAACUUGUGGGGACCUUUCAGAGGAUCAGUUGCCUGAGAAUUAAUUAUGAAUUUUAGAGUAUAACCAUGAUGAAAAGAGAUACUAUGAUUCUAAUUUGGGUUAUCCUGAAAUUGACUGUACUCCUGUUUGUUAAUAUUGAUUUUAAUAUUUUGGGGGACUUGCAUCCUUGAUUCUGGUGGGAUUGCAACAAAACAAAAUGCUUCAAUCACUGUCUCAUACAAAAAAAAUCUGGUGUAUUUUUUAAUUAAAAGGGACUUUUGCAAUAAAAUAAGUUUUUAAUGAAAACAAUGCAGUAACCUAACACAACCUUCUCAGCAAGUCAUUGCAAAAAACUGUGUUCCUGAGCAUUGAGCUAAAAUGUGCAAUUGUAAAGCACCACUAUGGAGCUUUCUUGCCUUAAAAUUUUUAAUUUUUUUUAAUGCUACAUUUCUGAAAUGUAUCUCUCUUCUCAGAGAUGCUUGUAUAAUUUUGAGAUUCUUAUACAUUAAUUCAUCAUAAAACUAUUAAAGU